CUUCUCGUCAACCGCGGCCUGCAUCCAUCUCACAUAAACACGCCCAUGCUGCUCAUGUGAGCUUGUGUGUGUUUGUGUGUGUGUGUGUGAGUGUGUGAUUGUGUUUUCUUUGUCAUCAUCUAGACCCACACAGCGACUUUCCAUUGGCCGAACCCUCGGAGACCUGACUCGACCCCAUCCGAAAGUGGGUCCCGGUCACGGGGACUGGUCGGCCACGGGGCCCUUGGGCCUUUCUUUCUUUCCUUUGCUUCCUCCCCCUUCCGCUCCCGGUCUUUCCUUUUUGGUGUGGAGCCGGUCGCAUGGAAGGGGAAGAAGCAGCGGAAGGAAGGAAAGGCAAAAGGGGAAAUGUGGAGACACUAUGGGGGGUUUCACGUCUUCUCAUUCGUCGGGUUUCGGGGCAAGGGCUCGAGGUCGAGCGAAGCACGUGCCGCGUAUUCGCAGUAUACAUAUCCGUACUUGUGUAUGUAUCCUUGGCAGUACUGUACACAUCGUAUCGUAUUGUAUCGUAUUGUAUUGUAUCGUAUCGUAUCGUACGUACACUCACUCCACGCUGCAGCUCGUGUCACUCACUGCGCCCCCCUUUUUUUUUUUCCGUUCUCGGCUUUCUUCUCUUCUGGUCCUCCCCUUGGCUGCUGCUAGUCUGAUCCCGAGGCGUCGUAUGGUUUUUUUU